AUGACGGCCUCAUCGCAGUCGUCAAGCCGAGAUUCCGAAGAGCGAAGUUAUGCACACGACGAUCACUACGAUGAGCCUAACCUCAGACAAAGGGGCCGGAAUCGAAGUCCGGCCAGGAAUGGUAGAUAUUUUUUCCUUUUUAUCAUAAGAAAAUUGGAAAAGAAAGAAUUUGGUGGAAGUUUUUAAAAAAUGGAAGCAUAAAUCGUAUUUAACAUGACAGACUUUUUCAAUAUAUCUUUCUACAUUUCUCAAUUUUUUUGCUAUGAAAUAGCUAUAGGGGCCCUUUUUGAAUUUUUCAGCGUCGAUUAGACGAAUCUUAGCAGUUGCUUGAAUCCGAGUACUGAUACACCGGCCAAACGAUGCGCAAAUCGAAAAUAAAUGAGAAAUUUGUAAAACAAGAGAUUUGGAAAAUUGAAUUAACCUUGCAUUUUUCCUGAUAUUUCACUCAUUCGGCGCUUUUUUAUCCGAUAAAAUGAUACGGAUUUUCAGGUCGAGUUCCUCAAAAAGACGAAAAUAAAGAAGAGAAAAAGCCGCGGUCAGCGUCCAGAACCCCGAAAUUGGGCGUUGAUUACACUAAGGAGGUAUUUUUUGCCGUGAUUUCGAUUUUGACUGAAAGGAAUUUCAGCAACAAGAAUUGGUGGAGCGGAUUCGGCAUUGCAAAGACUACUACGAAAUUUUGAAGGUUUGUCUAGAAAAUACAUUUUCGAAAAAACGAAAAACAAAGGUCGAGAAAUCAGCCUCGGAUGACGAUAUUCGCCGAGAAUACCGAAAAAUGGCACUGAAACUCCACCCUGACAAAUGUCGAGCUCCGCAUGCGACUGAAGCUUUCAAAGGUAAAACUUCCAGAAAAGCUUUCAUUUUCUAACAAGGAUCCUGACAAGUUUUCCCUAAUUGAAACUCAUGUUUAAGCUCUUGGAAACGCGUACGCCGUAUUGUCAGACGCGGAAAAGCGCCGACAGUAUGAUCAGUACGGCGCUGAGGCGGCCAACGGUUUUGCGGCCCCUUCACGCAGGUCCCACGGCGGUCAUUUCUUCGAACACGACUACGCCCAUGGAUUCGAUUGUUCGUUUUAGUCAAUGGGGAUUUGAGUCCAGAUUUUCUAGUUGCAAAAAAAAACGUAAUGUUCAGUCUAGAUUUCAAAAUGGAAGUGCUCCAUUGAAAAAUAUCGGUGCGUUCAAAAAUUUUGAAAGGAAAUUUAUUUUUUUCGGAGAAUUUUUAAUCAAAGUUGAAUUUUUUCGUACUCACCGUCGCAGAUCGUGUAAAUGGGCGCUCUACGGAUACAAUUAAGUUUUUGUUUCGCGAGUACAUAAUCCAAAACAAGAUCAAAUGUAAAGAGAACAAGGUUUUUUUUUCGAAAACUUAUGAUAAAUCUUUAAAAAAAAACUGUUUGCUGCUCGAAUUUCUGCGGCUCAUGUACCCUCAGAUUUCGGAAAAUAAAAUGAACUUUUUUUUUAGCUGAUUUCACGCCGGAGGAGAUUUUCAACAUGUUUUUCGGCGGUGGAUUCCCUUCAGACUCAGUGAACCGCCGAAGGCAGAGAUUCAACGCUCAGCAACAACAAAACUACGAAGAACGACAACAUCAUGAAGCGGUAAUGAAGUUUGCUAAUGUGGAAGAAGAGCUUUUUUUUUUUUGAAGAAUCCCUAUGGACAACUCCUUCAAUUAUUGCCGUUGAUCGCGAUUUUGGUUUUGGGAAUUGUUGCCCAGCUGAUGGUUGGCGAUCCGGCUUUCUCGCUUCAUCAGACUCAGUGAGUUUGAAUUGAGAAAGUAAAUAAGAUGAUGAGCAGAAAUAUUCAAAUUCCUUUUGGAAUAGCUUGCAAAGUGCAAUCGUUCAGAAGACUUGCGCUGACAGCCAAUAUUGAUGAUAUUUUUUGGAAAGAAGUCAUUUUUAUAACCAGUCGUCUACAGAAGAAGAUUUUCAGUUUUCAGCAAAUAUACAGUCCGAAAGACGACGGCCGAACUCAAAGUUCCGUACUUCGUUAGGCCAGACUUUGAUCAGAACUACAGGGGCAGAAUAAAACAGGUCAGAAACAUUCAGAGAGUCCAUCAUACUCUCAUGCUUCAGGUUGAACAUCAAGUUGAGGACGAUUAUAUACAGCAAUUGCGGAUGAAUUGUUACAAGGAGCAGAACAUCAGUUAGUUUUAGAAGGAUCUAGAACUUUAUAACAACUACAAAGAAGAGAUAUUGGUCUUCAAUUUAAAAAAGAGAAAUUGAGGGCUCAAUGAACUAAUACUUAAUAAUUGGGAUUCAGUUAUGAAGCCUUUGGGGAAUGACAUCCUGAUCCACAUGGAUCUUUCAUGAAAAAAAAUCAUAAUUUUUGCGCUACAUUGCGCUGAUCCACGACUGGUUUGAGAAGAAAGGGUCUUGACACGAUAAAAUAAGAGAUAAAGAUCUCAUUUUUGAGAAAAAGCCUGUGCAUGAUCGGGCCAGGCCUCGCUUUUUAAAAAUUUUUCCCGAAAAAUAAUUUUUACUUGUUGAAUCAUAGUUUUUAAUAACUCUAUGUGCAAAAUAAGCAAAAAACAUCUUCUCUCAUGAAAAAGCUUGAUAUUCGACUUCAAGAAAAUUAGAGAUUUUUGGGCCGGGCCGGUCAUUUCCGAUUGAGACAGGGCCACGCCCUUCGCGUCUUAAGCUACUCGUGAAUCGCCUAUAUUCUUAGCUUAUAAAAAUGUUAUUUCAGUAUCAUUUUCGACUGGAUCGGUACUUUGAACUUUGCUAAGUUUUGAGAUAUUCUAAAUUAAUUUCAGUUGAUCUCCUGAGCGGUUUCUUUCUUGAAAUGGUAGAUAAAUGAGCAAUCUUUCAAUUUUUCUCUUUCAUGGCGUGUUCAUCGGGCAACGAAAAUUGUUCCGAAACGCAAGAAAGUUGCUCCAAAACAAAAAUUAGUACUGUUUUGAAGCAACUUCGGUGCGCCGAUAAACACGCUUUUGCGUUGGAAACCUGUUGCGUUUCUCCGAUGAAUACGCCAUUAACGUCAAAAUUUUCUCUCUUGCUCAUUUAAAAAAUGAAAAAAAAUUCGGAAGUAUGUUAAUUUUUGUCGGGGGUACAAUAUCAUACCUGAAGGCUUUUUUUGGCGUCGCCCUGGGUUCGCCGUGCAGUUCUGAGUAAAAUUAUUCAAAUUCUUUCUCAAAAAUUAGCAAACGGACUUUAAAAAUUGACCUUAUUGAACUCGAACUCUUGAAGAAUGAAGUUAUUUCAGAAGAAACGAAAAUAUACCGAGCGCGGUGGAUGCGGGACGAAGCAUUGUUACGCGAGGCGGAAAACACGAAGAUGCCAAGCUGUGAUCGCCUUCAACAAAUCUAUCAUCAUUAG